CAAAAUAACUAUGUUUGCUUGUGGUGGCAAAAGCAAAAAGGCUAAUUAAUAAGGAGCUAUUUCCUUAGAGGAUAAGUGUAAAAUUCACAAUAACAAUUAUGACUGUGUAAGUUUAAAUUAUACAGACAGAAGUCAAACAUUUAAAGCAUGUGCUUUGUGUAAACAGUCUAGAACAAAGGAAUAGUUUAUAACUUUUAAAGAAAUGUAAAAUAAACUCUAAACUUAAACAUCAAAUGAUUUAGUUGGGGAAUACAAAUUAAAAAUGACUCCAUUAUUUAAUGAGACUGAAUAAUUGAGAAUCAAAUUAAUAUAAACAGCUGAUUCUAUUCAUGAAAUCUUAUUGAAUGGCAUCCAUUAAUUAUUUGUUAAUUGCAUAUUUAAGAAAUUACCCAAUAAUCUUUUCACUGUUGAAGACAUAUUCGAUGUAAUUAAAUUUGAUAAUCCUAAUCUAGUUAGUCACUCCAAAUACUAUUAAUCAAUUUAGUUCUAUUAUUGAUCAGCAGAUUCCAUUUUAAAAAGGAGAUGAUUUAACCGCAAGUCUAUUGACUAAAGUACUAUUUCAUGACCAGGAAGCAAAACAAUUUAUAGAUGCUAUAAAAGAUGCUCAAGGAGUUAAAAAGAAAUUGGAAAAGAUUCUAAAUGAGUUUACUCAAUACAAAAAUGAAAUUUCUAAGAAGAUUGAAUAGAUGAGUAAAUAGGUACGAUAAUAAAUCUUAAUGAUUUUAGAGUGUAGCUGAGGCUCCAAAGGUAGAUUUAUAGGAGCCAACAUUUUAGUUUUUAAUUGAGAAAAAUAAACAAGAAUAAGAAUAUUUGGUUGAAUAAAUUAAAUCUGUAAUAAAUGUUAGUUAAAUAAAAAGAUUUAUGGAGUGAAAGACUUAGUAAUAGAGCCAAACCAAAUGGAGAGGCAAGAAAAUCCUUAAGUGAAGUCGAUCGUUUCAAUUGAUUAAAAAUUACUUGCCUAUAGUUCUGGGACUAGAAUUUUUAUAUUUGACAAAACUAAAAACUUUUCAUUUAUUUCAUAAGUAGAUUGCGAGAAUGAUAUUUCAGCUUUGUGUUCAGUGACAUUAGAUAAAAAAACAUAUAUAAUUGCAAGGUAUAAUAAGGAAUAAUAUUAAGUGUUGAAGAGAAUGAAGAAUCGUUUUAGUUGUAAUUUUGGGAUUGGGAAACCUUUGACAAAUGGAAAGUCAUCAAUGCUCAUGACAAAUAUAUUUGGUAGAUCAUCAAUUUACCUAAAAAUCUAAUAGCAUCAUGUUCAGAAGAUGGAGUAAAUAUCUAUUGUUAUUUAAGACUAUUAAAAUCUUUAAUACUUAAACCUAAUAACAAUUGUAGAAGAUCGCUGUUCAUUAAGCAAGUGUUAACGAUAUAGCGUUGAUAACUCCGGAAAUUAUAGCCUCAGUGUCUGAUGAUGGUACUCUUGUGGCUUCCAAAUUUUUAACUGGAGAUCUAGUUGGAAUUGUUCCUUAGGAUAGUGAAAUUAAGUCAGUGAUUGCUUUGGAUGGAGUUAGAUUUGUUACUGGAAAUAGUGCUGGAGAAGUAAGAAUUUACACUUUUGUUUAAUCAAUCGAAAUAUAGCAAGUCAUCAAGGCUCAUGACUCUAUAGUUAGAUUUCUUAGUAGAAUAGACUAAAAGUAAUUAGAUCAUUUAAUGUGUUUUAGAUUAUUUGUUACAUCUUCUUGGGAUGGUACUCACAAAUUUAUUUCUGUUGUUGAUGGAGAAAUCAAAGUGAUCAAUGGACCUAAGAAGAAUUUCCCUGAACCACUUCUUUGGAUUUAGGAGGCAGGUUGUUUAGUUGCUUCAUCCGGUGGAAUUCUUCAAAAAUAUAAAUGAAA